CCCUGGUCCCCGGAAAGAGGAGUGUCGCUGGCCUGGAGCGGGAGCCCGGGGCGGAGGCGAAGGCGGAGGCAGGAGCAGAGGAGCUUUGAAAGACCCUUGUUUUCUGAGUGCUGAGCUCGUCUAGAUUCUGGGGUUUGUGUCGUCCCGCGCACGUCAUCGCGAAGCUGUGUGUAAGGGUCCCGUUGCCUAGCUACCGUGCCCCUCCAUCCUGGAGGCAGAGUAGCGAACUGGCAGGCGUGCUGCGUUGCGUACCUGCGUCCGGCCAGAGAGCCAGCAGUCAUUGUGUAGCACUGGACGGGGGAUCAGGAGACCUGGUGUCUACUCCCUGCUCUGUCACUAACAAGCUGUGUGAUCUUCGUGUGGCUUACAGAAGAUCUCUGGGAAUAUUCUGGGCCAUGGUAAAAAUAUUGGAAUAAUCAGCCUCAUGAGGUGAUUUCUUUGAAGGAGAUAACACUCAAUUGAAUACAUAAGCUCUUAGACAUGUAUUAGGAGAGGCUUAAGUGAAAAUGAUACAUGUCAGAAGACGUGAAACAAGGAAAAAUUCUAGAACUCAAGAGCAUGAGCAGAAAUCUCGAGUUGAUUGGAGGCGGACUAAAAGAAAUAGUCUUUCACAAUUAUUUGAUAGUGAUGAAGAAUUCGAUAGUGAUGAAGAACUUGAUAGUGAUGAAGACCUGGAUAGUGAUGAAGAGCCAGAUAGUGAUGAAAGUGUUGACAAUCAUGUAAGUGUUGACAAUGAUGAAGAGCUUGAUAGUAACAGGGGGCUCGAUAGUAAUAAAAAGCCAGAAAAUGAAAGAGAGCUUAAAUUAAUUGAAGUUGAAAGUGAAAGAAACAGCUGUGAGCAUCUCAUUAACACUGGCAACAGUUCAACAUAUGAAGAAGAAAAGAACAAAAGCAAACCUAGAAGUAUUGACUUACCAGAGCAUGAAAAGCAUUCAGGUCAAGAGGAGGAGGAUCUCAACAAACACACUGGACAAAUAAUAGAGGAGGAUUUAGAAGAAGAACACGUUAGGCGAGGGAAGAGAAAAAGGACCUCCUCUGUGAUGUAUGACAGUGAUGACAGUGAUGACAGUGAUAUCCUAGCUGCAAAAGUAGGUGUUAAACGUCCACGGAGAGUGGUUGAAGAUGAAUGUUCUUCAGUGGAGAUGGAGCAAAAAGACCCUGAGAAAACUUUAGCUGCAAGAAAGCGACAACAACUCCAGAAGCUGAAAGAACUCUCAAAACAAAGAUCUCGUCAGAGACGCAAUAGUAGUAGAGAUUUUGAGGACUCUGAAAAGGAAUCCUGCCCAAGCAAUGAUGAAAAUGAUGAGGAGGAGGAGGAGGAGGCGGAGGAGGAUUGUGAAUCUGAUGAAGAUGGAGAUGAUUAUGUUAUUGAUGACUUCGUAGUGCAAGAUGAGGAGGGUGAUGAAGAGAAUAAAAGCCAGCAAGGAGAAAAAUUGACUACAUCACAACUGAAAUUAGUAAAACAGAAUUCUCUUUAUUCUUUUAGUGACCACUAUACUCACUUUGAAAGAGUUGUGAAGGCUCUUCUGAUCAAUGCUUUAGAUGAAUCUUUUCUGGGAACAUUGUAUGAUGGCACCAGGCAAAAAUCGUAUGCACAAGAUAUGUUGACAUCUCUUCAUUAUUUGGAUAACCGCUUUGUUCAGCCUCGUCUAGAGAGUUUAGUUUCUAGAAGUCGUUGGAAAGAACAAUAUAAGGAGCGGGUAGAAAAUUAUUCUAAUGUAAGUAUCCAUCCAAAGAAUACAGAAAACUGUUCCUGCCAGGCUUGUGGAUUGCAUCGCUGCUGUAAAUAUUCAGUGCAUUUAUCAGGAAAGUUGUAUAACACCAGGACUAUGGAAACAGAUGAUUUCAUGUCACAUGAUAAACAGGUGUUCACUGUUGGCAGAAUUUGUGCUAAUCGUACCAAAGUUUAUCAUCAACUGAGACAUUUCAAAUUCAAGCUGUACCAAGAAUGUUGCUCCAUUGCAAAGACAGAAGUAGUUGAGGAUGAACAGGUUAAAGAAACAGUGGAAAGAAUUUUUAAUCAGUCAAAAGAAAGUGGCUGGAUUAAAGAGAACAGUUCUUGUGACCUGAGAGUGAAGAAGCACCUGGUGCCAAUCUGAGGAAAGGAUCUCGGCUGCCAGUUCUAAUCCCACCCACAUCCUCUUCUUGAGGACAUGGGACUGAGCAGUGAGCACUGUAACUGAAGAUCCAGGGGAGCGCAGAGGUUUCGGGCCACGGCACUGAUUUUGAUUCCCCCGUAUCCUGUUGAUUACUAAAUUUGCUAUCAGGGAUAAAGUGGGGGUUUUGAAGAGUGCACUGGGUUCCCGAAGACCUGCUGGCAGCUCAUAAGCUCUGGUCUGCUCACAGAGCUUCUAGAAUUGCUCAUGGUACAUGGAAAGAACGCCAUUAUGAUUGCCAUCUUCUAAAACAAGUCUGCUUACAUGAAUGUAUAAGAGAGAACAUAUAGUAGAUUUUCAGGCAACUCAGAUCUAACAGUAUAUUUAAUCUUAGAAAAAAAAAGAAGGCUGACUUGAGAUCCAUUGCCUGGGUUAUUUAUAUCACAGGGGAAUUUGUAAAAGAGGAAGAUGAAAAAGAAGAGAGCUUAGAGGAUAAACUUAUGAGCAAAGGGAAAGAAAAAGAGAACAACAAAGCAGGAAGUCCGUAGGACAUGUCAUGUUCCACAGAGGUCUCCCGAUCUGGAGAAUGACAUCAAGAUUGGUUUCCCUUUUGACAGUUAGCCUCCACCACAAACUACCACCCAGUGAUAUCCUUGUCUGGCCCUCACAUCUUGACCCUUAAGUCAUCUUUCUCUCAUUUUACUCUCUUCAGUUUUUUAUCUUUUACUUUGCUUCUACUUCUCUCAUCCCGUGCUUCUCUCCCUGUCCUCUGUGCUUGUCCACUUGCCUUAGGGAGGAGCCAUCACUUGUCCAGUAAGCCCCAUCUUCAUUUUCCUAGAUGACUUAAAUUCUUAAGUGCUUCUACUGGUGUAUUUAAUUGUUGCCAAUCCUCUGGUGGAGUUGAAAGACCUAUUGGGGUACCACAUAUUUAAAGAAUUGUAUACUAGGUGUAGAAAAAUCACUGCGCAUGUAUUAUGUAUAUUAUAUAAUAAUAUAUAUGGGGAAGGAUAUUAAACUUCUUGCAGAAAAAAAUAAAAGCAUUUCCAAAUUAUGUACCUUCGAGAAAGCUUAACAAGGUUUAUAACAACAGAAGGGAUCCGGAAUAAGAAAAAAUAUUCUUAGGAAAAGAAAGCCAAGUGUUAUAUUAUGCUUAAAGAAUAACACUUAACAUCGGGCAUUGAAGGUGUUUCAAAAUUGUCCAUGUUUAGCACAGUAUGCACAUUUUUUCACAUAAAAUAUCGAAGAGCUUUAUUUUCUCUUUGAGAUCUCUUCUACUUUGAAAGUAUUUUUCGAGAGACUUUCUCAAAAGAUUUCCUGGAAACUAAAGAAGUUUAUAACCAGUAUAAGCCUAUCUGCAGCUUUCCGUGCUGUGAUUAAAUUUCACAAUUUAUAGAGUGCUCUGACAUUUCUCAGCGUCACUUUGCCUGUCCCUCAGUGUGUGUGCCCUGAGUGAUAGCACGGCAUGUGUUCUGGGCAUGCAUGCUGCCUUCUCUGGCUGCAUCUCACGGCCACAGUUACUCUAACCCUUUAGAAUACCAGGGCUCAGUGCUCCUUGAAUGGCCAUAUCUGUGGCUCUGUCUGCUCUUACCUCCCAAUUAUUAUGUCAACCUCUUCUUUUACCUUCCACAAACUAUUUGUUCCUGUCUUUCCUCCCCCAGCUUGUGUUUCACACCUUGCUUUUUCCCUUACCUGACCCUCCUUCCUCCAAGCAUUUUUCUUCCAUAUCUCAGGAUAUCUCAGCAUUUCUUCCAAAGACUUGCCAACUAGGAUGCCCUCCUCCUUCUUCUCCUUCUUCCCAACUUGAACUAGGAUGAUCUGUUUUUAACCUAGUGAUAUUAAAGGGAUAGAAGCAAAUCAAGUAUAGGAAAAAAAAAUGACAAGAAAAUUA